GGGCGCCCAAUGCGCGCGCGCGUUGCUGCGCGGUGCGCGCGGGCCGGGCCGGGCUGGGAGCGGCGCCGCCAUGAGCUCCAUCGGCACCGGGUACGACCUGUCAGCUUCCACGUUUUCUCCAGAUGGCAGAGUCUUUCAGGUGGAAUAUGCUAUGAAAGCAGUGGAGAACAGCAGUACAGCAAUUGGGAUAAGGUGCAAAGAUGGUGUUGUCUUUGGAGUAGAAAAACUAGUCCUGUCCAAGCUUUACGAGGAGGGUUCCAACAAACGGCUCUUCAAUGUCGACCGACACGUUGGGAUGGCAGUGGCAGGGCUGCUGGCAGACGCCCGCUCCUUGGCAGACAUCGCCAGGGAAGAGGCUUCCAACUUCAGAUCCAACUAUGGCUAUGAUAUUCCUCUGAAGCACCUUGCGGACAGAGUGGCCAUGUACGUGCACGCCUACACCCUGUACAGUGCUGUCAGACCCUUUGGCUGCAGUUUCAUGUUGGGGUCCUAUGACAGUGAUGAUGGUGCACAGCUGUACAUGAUUGAUCCAUCAGGAGUCUCAUACGGUUAUUGGGGGUGUGCCAUUGGUAAAGCCAGGCAGGCUGCAAAAACAGAGAUAGAAAAACUUCAGAUGAAGGAAAUGACCUGCCGUGAUGUUGUGAAAGAGGUGGCGAAAAUGUAAGUCCCCAAGCUGAC